GUGGCCUCGGUGACGCAGGAGGCGUCAGCAGAGGGAGGACAGCUGCUGCGCCUUCCUUUUGGUUAUCGGCUGAUCGGUACUCGACGGCGGCGCGUCACGCGUGAGCGCUUUUUCCUCCCGAUGGCGCCUGCCCGGCGGCUGCCGGAGGAGCUGUGGCUGCGGGUGUUCGGCCUCCUGUCGUGGAGAGACAAGCUGAGCGUGCGCUGCACCUGCAGGUUCUUCCGGAGCCUGCUGGACGCGGCCGGCCCCCUCUGGAGGGGCUUCGGCGUGGUGCUGAGAGACCUCGCCCGGUACGACCGCUCCUUCUGGCGCAGCCUGGCCCAGAGGCGCGUGCGCGUCGCGUCGCUGCGCGGGGGCCAGAGGAAGGACCUGAAGCAGCUGUCCACCUGGCUGGCGUCCCUCACGGCUCUGAGACUGGACGGCUGGAGGGAAGGCAGCAUCCAGGAGCUGAGGCAGUUCGGUCAGCUCCAGCGCCUGUCGGUGACUUCCUGCUCCAGGCCGCUGAUGGACCUGAACUUCCUGUCCGGUCUGAGCCACCGGCUGACGCAGCUCAGCUUGUGCAACGUGCAGCUCACCUGCACGGCGUCCCACCUGCUGGCCAGUGUAGCCCAGCUGACCUCCCUCAGCUCCCUGCUGCUGCAUCACGACGGCAGCCUGAGGACCCCCGCGCUCAGCAGCGUCCUGGCUCGCCUGACCGGCCUCAGGCAGCUGUCCUGGACCAUGAUCACUUACAGAACACUGUCCCAGGACUUCUUCAGACCGGCCCACGAUGAAAGUAAACACACAGGUAAAAAUCUGCAGCUGCUGGACUACGACGCGGCGGUGACGCCGGACGUCCUGCGGCCCCUGUCCCACCUGCAGAGCCUCUCCGUCUACCACCUGUACUCCGUGCCCGGACCCGCCUGUCACCUGCAGACGUGGCUGAGCUCCCUGCCGCAGCUCCGCAGCCUCAGCGUGCACGGAGGACAUCCUCUGGCAGCGUAUGCAGACUUCCUGCCAUCCUCACUCCUCAGCCUCACUCUUUGUGUUGAUCUUCAGCCAGACGACCUGCGGGUGGUCUCACUUAGAGCUCCUCAUCUUCAAUACCUGCACCUGGAGCCCUGGAGCUCCUCCUCCAACCUUAUCAGGCUUCUCCCACAGCUGUUUCCUAAUCUGCAAACACUAAGGAUUAGGCAUCAACGUGUGUCGGACGAGGACUUCCUGUGUCUGCAGCAGCUACAGCAUCUCAAGUCUCUGGAGGUCCUGGAUGCGUUCCACUGGCCUGACCCGAAUGAUCAAAGCCUGGUCGUCUAUGAGCCGAGUCCGCGUCUGCUACGGCUGAUCUCUGACUUGGAAAAACUGAGUAAUCAUAGAAUCCAAGUUAUUUCCAAGUCACGCAGGGACUAUCUCACCUGCAGUUGUGUUUGAGCACAAACAAAAUGUAUAACAUUUGAAUGCCGUUACGAUUGCAACGAUUCUGCCAGUUACACCACUGAUCAUCUUUAAAAGAGUUAUUUAAGUGAUAGCCGGGUAUAGAUUAAGCAAACGGCAAGCUUCUAAGUUAAAAACAGGAUCACCUGUAAAUUUAUCUGAUUCAAGACUCUUAUUAUUUGUCAGGAAACUGGUGGAAAAUGGAUCCUUGGUGACUAAAAUAUUUUUUUUACUCCAGUUAAUCAAAGAGAAGAACUGGCCAAUGAAACAGUGUACCAAAGUGAUCUUUAUUUACCCAAGAGGUAUGAAUCAGACCAAAUCAUGUAUAGAAAUAUGCACUAUUUUUGCACACGCAAACUCUUUAAAAAAGUUGCUGAACAUGGGAAGCAGAAGCUGACAUAUGGUACGAUUAAAAUAAUUUGAACUGUAUGAAUAUGUACAUUUCAAGUGGGAACUAUACUCAAACUAUCAGUAUCAACGUAUCGUUGAUAUUGAACAAGUAUAGCAAAUAACUUCAAAUGCGUUUCCUAGCUGGGUGUGGAGAAGCACACCCAGCACAUUUUCAACUCUCUAAACAUGAAUGGGAAUGCCACAACACUUCAAUAUCUCACAGUGCGUGAGCUCACCAAGUGAGUGGGACCAUCCUGUCUACAUGGGUUUUAUAGACCUCAAAAAGCUAACAACUGUUUCCUGAGGGGUUCAGUAGGAAUGCUCCAGGGGUACGUGGUGGCAAAAUCAUUUAGCCAGGGUGCCCACUCCCUGUUUAACCAAAGUCAGAGCUGAGCCCAUAUUCUUGGCACUUGGUCUUAACUUGUUUACGGUGUGUAUUGGAAUCCUCCUGGGCUUAACCUAAUAUGAGACAGUUCAUCAAAUGAGGGAUUGAGAUUUAGGUUUCCGACCGAUCCAGUGAGCCACAAUCACAAACAUACUGUAAAGAAUCCUCAGGUUCUGUUUAGAUUUUUUUUCCUCUUUUCCGCAGAGGAAAAAUUGAAAGAAGUGAGUUGUUUUUAACUUACAUUUCUACUGACCUGUACAGCAUUAAACUAUUUUGUUUGGGA